GCAAUGGAAAGUGGAAUCUGAAAAGCUUGUGGCGGUAAAUUUCGACCCAUUCAGUCGACCGAGGAGACAAGAUCGUGAUGACUAUUACAUUGAAAACGGCAUGUUUUACUUUGCCAACAGGAAACUGAUUGAAAGGGGUUCUUUUCAAAGUAACAACUGUGCAUUUGUGCACGUGCCACCCGAAUAUGCACUCGAAAUCGACACCGAAUACGACUUGAAACUUGCCAAUUUAUUAUGGAAUAACUUCUAAAAACAAUGACCACCGACUUCUGUACAGGAAUUAUCCCUGCUCAGUACAGGGAAUACUACGAAAUAUGUUCGUUUAACGGGGAACCGUUACACAAAGACGUUUAUCAAUGUUUACUGGCGCAAUGUAAAGUGACAACCAUACAGUUAAAAGAAGUUUUAGAUCUAAUCAGACCUUCUGAAAGUUCCAUUAACAGGACACAUUUUUACAAAACUUUGGCAUUAAUUGCAUGGGCUCAACAAGGAAAACAACUCUCUGAUAAAUUAUUCGAUAACUGUUCGGGAAAAGAAUAUCCAGUACCAACCAUUGGAGACCUAACACCGGUGAAAAAUUUAAAGAUGAAACUUCAUGUAACAGACAAACUGAACAACGGUUUCAAUUACACAAAUGUGGUGGAAUUAGACACUAUCAACAUUGAACUUGUCCCAGAAAAAAAAGGGUUAUUUUUGAAAUACUCAGAAUACAUAGUUACCUCUAAGAAAUUCAAUAGAAAAGUGACAAGAAGAUACAAUGAUUUCGUUGCUUUGCAGGAACUUUUAUUAAACAGGUUUCCAUACAGACUCAUACCAUGUCUGCCCCCGAAAAAAAUCGUUUCGGACGCUCAUUUUUUAGAGUCGCGACGCAGAGGAUUGCACAGAUGGUUAACGUUGGUUUGUCGUCAUCCUACAAUAAGCCAGGACACAAUCUUAUCUUUUUUUUUGACUGAUCAAGGUCCCGAUAUUCAACACAGAAUUAGGGAAAUAUUUAGAAGAUGUCCGGACGAGUUCAUGACCUCCGACAUUGCCGCAACUGCUAAGGACUUGUUGCCUGCAGAUUGCGCUCAAAUAGCCGCAAGCCGUGAAAAAGUCCGUCUUUUGGUACAGGUAAUCGGAAAACUAAAACAACUUACUGAAAGAAGCGUCGAAAGGCAGUUGAACUUUGCGAGAGAUGCUGAAGAUUUAUCUGAACAGCUACGGGUUUUAAGUACGUCGAAUGUUGGUCAAAAUCAUUCAUUUUGCGAACAAUGGAAUAAUAUGAAAUCUGGAUUUGCUUUAAUGUCGAGAGACUUGAAACUGCUACCCGCAAAAGCAGAUCUGCAAGCGGAAAUGGAACAGAUCAAAGUUUGCGAACGAUUAGGACUUUUACUAGAUAUUUUAGUCGCUCAUAAAGAUUUAUGUGAGAGAUUGGAAAGGGGAUUAGCUAAUGACCAUCAAGCGGCGCUCUCGAAGAUGUUAUCGUUGAAAAAACGAAAGAUUCAAGGGGUAAUUCGUGGUGCAGACCAAGAAAGUGUUGAACAACUGGAAGCAAAAAUGAUGACCCAAGAAAAUGUAAUCACUAAUAUGGAAUUACGAUCGGAUUUUUCCCUUUAUUGUGUCCAUAUGGAAACCCAAUUGGUUUAUGCCUAUUUAGAAACUCUUCCGAUUAUUUUAGAAACUAUGGUUGCGCUUAAAAUUCAAACUCAUAAAGAUUUGAAUAGUAUUUGGUCGCAAGUCCAGCCGAGCAGUACAACUUCAGCAAACGGAUCGGUGUGAUUUCGGAUUUAUUAUUAUUUAUUUAUUUAAUAUUUUUUCCUAAUCGCCUAAUUAAUUAAUCAGGGUAACGGUACUCUCCUAUUUUUCUGGGGCGUCAUCCUAUUGUGACGCUUUGAAAAAACUAUUUUCUAAUAUUUCAUACGUAGCAAUAAUAAUAAUAAUAAUAAUAAUAAUUUGUAUAGUGUUUUAUAUGUACAUAACUUUAAAAGUUACCUUAUAUACUUGCCUUAUAAAGGUUAAUAAAUCUCUUCCAUUGUGAUGAAAUUAUUUCAAAAAAUUUUAUUAUAUACUAAUUUUUAUAUUGUGUGUAUACAUCCAGUUAUUUUUCCAAUAAAUCUUUAAAAAAGAG